UGAUGAUGACUCCUACGGUGCCGCACUGCGUGAGUAUCUCGCCCUCUGGCCGGCUAGCGGUGGUGGGCACCAGCGAGGGCAGCCUGCAUGUCUUGGACCUGGACAGCGGACAGGAGCUGAGGUCUCUGGCGAGCAGCUGCGACCGGAUCUCGGAUUGCACCUUCCUGGGCGAGAGCGCGCUCUGUGUCACCUCCUUCGACGGCAAGCUGGAGACGUGGAGCCUGGCGGACGGCUGCAGGCUGCUGCUGGUGGACGGACACAGCGACAGGAUAACAGGAUGCGCGCUAAGCCCUGACAGUAAACACCUGGCUACCUGUUCUUGGGAUCGAGCGGUGAAGGUCUGGACGGUGACCCCAGGGAAGCUCAACUUGGCUCUGGCCAACCCCCACCCCCUCAACUGUGUGACCUUUCACCCCGAGGGGCAGCUGCUCGCCGCCGGGAGCUGGGCCGGCGAGGUCCGAAUUUGGAACUGGGUGACGGCCAGUGUGGUGAGGGUCCUGCAGGGACACCCAGCCUCUGUGCGAGCUGUCGCUUACGCCCCGUCUGGAGAUUAUCUCGCCUCGGCCUCGCUGCUGGGAGACGUCCGCCUCUGGUCGGCCCCAUCAGGAUCGGCGGCCGGAGGUUACCAGGCCCACCGGGGUCCUGUCACCGGGCUGCAAUACAUCGCCGGCGGGAGGUACCUGCUCACCACCGGGGAAGAUCACCAGGUUCGGAUCUGGUCCGGGACCCUGGGACAGGCCCGUGGUCAGUUCGGCACCGAGGAGGACCCCUCCCCUGCCCUGUGCGCGUCUGUCAGCGAGAGCGGGGGGCUGAUGGCCGUCGGCUACCACAGCAGCCAGCUGAAGAUCUUCCACCUCGAAACAGGAGCCCUGGCUGCAGAGUGCGAGGUCCCGCGGGUGCCUGUGCGAUGCCUGCAGUGGUUGCACGGCGAGGAGUUCCUGGCAUCGGGCUCGGAUGAUAACGUCCUGCGCGUGUGGCGCCUACAGGACUCCAAGGCGAGCUGCGUGUGUCACUGCCGGGGGCACACGAGACCCCCGGUGUCCCUGUCUCGCUCGGAACAAUUCCUGGCCUCAGCUUCAGACGAUUUCACCGUCCUGCUGUGGACGCUGGCCGAGCUGAUCGACCGAGAGGGCCGCGCAGAGGUGUCCCCGGCCAGCGUGCUGAGGGGUCACUCGGACUCGGUCACCUGCUGCUCCUUCAGCCCCGACGGGCUGCGGCUUGUCAGCGGCAGCAAGGACAAGAGCCUCCUGUUCUGGGACCUGGUGCAUCUCCCGGGACACGUCUCCCACUCGCUCCCCUCCUGUCAUCGGGACUGGAUCACAGGUUGUGCCUGGGCCUCUCGACAUGUGGCCUCUUGCUCAAAUGACGGGAUGGUCCGUCUGUGGGAUCCGAACACUGGGGAUUGCAUCCAGGAAUUAAAGGGACCCUCUGCUACUCUCAGUGGUGUCUGUAUCAUGGCUGAUCUGGUGCUGUCGGCCAGCGGGGACGGUGACCUGAUGGUGUGGAAGGAUUCGGGAGCGGCUGUCACGAUGAUCCGUGCCCACCCCCACCGCAUCAAUCACCUCGCAGCCUUCAGCAAGGGAGCAGCGGCAGCCCCGGGGGUGGCCGAGUGCGAGGCCGAGGAGCUGAGCUGCUGCCUGACAGCAGUGACUGUGAGUGAUGAUGGCACCGCCCGGCUCUGGCAUCCUCUCCUGGCGGGCGAGGUGGCGACGCUGAUGGGUCACAGCGCUCCUGUCUCCGGUGCUGCUGCGAGGGAUGACAUCCCCUUCUUCCUGACGGUCGCCGCUGACCGAACUGUGCGGCUGUGGGAGAUUCCUCACCACGAAGUUGUGAAAAAUCCAGCGUGUCAUCGAGGCGCAGUCACCGCCCUCUGCUGGUCACCCUCCGGAGCGUUCCUGGUGUCCGGCAGUCAAAGCGGAGAAGUCAAGGUGUGGAGCUCCGGGGUGACCAUGCACACUGUCCAG